AUGAAGCCCUGGAGGAUUGAAUUACCCAAAAUCGGAGGAUCCACUGUGCGACCCAUCGGAGUAAUCGAUAAGGAAUUGUAUGUUCACUACAGAAAUGGCAACAGUAUUGUAAUUUGGUCUGUAAAUCUGUUCCUGCCUAACUCUUGGAAGCAAAGAUGGGUGUUGAAGUUCGAAGAGAUUGUGUAUAGCUAUUUUACCACAUCACCACAGAGAUGUAUUUACAUCUUCUUUACAGGAUGCGUUGUAAGAAUGCUGUCAUUGAACAUGGUCUUUGUAGGAUAACAAAGAUGAGUUAAAAAUAGAAGUGAUCAAACUAGAGGUUAAUGAUACCGACUAUGUACGAUACAAGUCAUCAGAUGGAGAUGAGGUCAUGCAGCUUAUGGAAACGUAUGACCUUCAUCCAGAAACGGACCGUUUAUGUUCGGGAAGUAAUGAUCUUUAUAUUUAUGACCGAGGAAUGAUUCAAGGUGCUACUCCGCUUCUUCGGAUCUCCUUAAAUCACAAUGACGUAGGCCAACUGCAGGACUAAUUGAGUUUAUUACAAUGGUUUCAGAAGACCUUUACGGGAACCCGUGUGACAGUUCCUCCCGAACCCGGCAAUGCCAAGUUUACAUUAUUCGGUGGAUUUAUGGAUCCAGACACCAGGAAACUGAUCAAAUUGUCUGAUUCCAACGAGAUCCAUAUGUUUGACAAUGAAAGCGGACAUUGGAUUCAGCUUCACCAAGACACUUCUGAUUCUGAUAUCAAUUUAAAUGCAAUUGGAUCAGAUUACAAAGGAAUCGGGGUGACCUACAACGAAAGACAUCUCAGAACAGCCAUGGUUCAGUCGCCGAUAAGUUUGAUUACAGGGUUUGGCCACUGCAUUUUCCUUUACAAGGUCAACAACAAGGCUUUCUUCUUUCGAUUAAUGUUGAAUCAGGACGCGGGUACAUACACGUAGGUUGAUUGAUACUUUGAUAACUUUUACUCAACGUGUCCACAAUAUUACAUAUUUCAGACUCAAAAGGGUUGGUCGGGUCGAUCAUUUGAUUAUUCAAUCCUUCAACUUUUGUACCGAGGAUGCAGUUAUAACAUUAGGACGCCCAUCUUAUGUUAUUUGGCUGAGGUCUUUAACCUUGAAGGAGAUUGCCUAUUACAAAUCUCAGGAAAUCUGCAACAACCCUCAAUCUGACGAGCCUAUAAGGAAACGAUGUAAAAUACAACACAAUAAUCCCCUUUUUUAA